AUGAUUGCUGCUGAUAAUGUAGUUAAGAAGAUAACUAUGCUACCUUUAGAGGAAGAUUUAUAUCAACAAAUGGGAUUAAUGAAACUAGAUGAUUUAGACUUUCUACCUAUGGAAGUGGUUAAGCAAAUGAUUGAAAAUAAACUAGGUAAAAGGGUAAUGGAUAGUAAUGAUGUUGGAGAAGAGAUUAUUAAUGAAAAUGUAAACAAUGUUAUCCAAAGACCUAGUUUCUAUGGUUGUGUAGAAGAUUGGUAUGAUGGAAUAGAUGAAGAAGUCAAAAUAACAUUAAGAUCUAGUGAAUCUCCUACUAGAAUGUUCAGACAGUUAUGUCAAUACAUUGAGUUAGAAUUCAUUGGUCCUAGAGCUGAUCCUAAUGAAAAACGAAUGGAAUAUCAAAGAAAGUUAAGUAAUUUGUCCAUCUGCAAUAUGAAAUAUGUUGAUAAUUACAUCAUGGAAUUUGAAACAUAUUAUUAUAAAAUUUGUGAAAAUGAAACAAAUCUUGGAAUGUUCUAUGAUAAAUUACCAAGUUCCCUUAAUGAAGAAAUUAGUGAAAAUUAUCAAGAAUGGAGAAAUAAAUUCUUAGCUAGGGAUGCCCUAGUUAAUAGAAUUGCUUUUCUCAAAAAAUGGAUUGAAAAGAAAUGUAGAGAGGUUGCUGGAACUCAAUAA